GCAAUUCAUUCACGGAAACCCCGUAGUUGGGUCAAGCUUUGUGAAGUCGCCAUUUUGACGGAGCUGAAAGAGUUGUGCGCGAUUUCUCCCCAUAUUUCUUCCAAUUCCUGGUUUACUUUCCUUUAGUACGUAGCUGUGGGAACAUACCGUAUCUGCCAUGUCUGCAGAAGGCGAGGACCAACCGCAGGCCAUGGAGGAGACCGAGCAGCAGGAGCCCAUGGAGACGUCGCAGAGCGGCGAACAGGGCCUGCUGGCCUCCGUACAGGAGGCGCUCAACAAGAUGUACGAAGAUGAUGUUCUUUCACCUGGGGAUCUCGACGUGAGAGCGUUGGACGCUCUGCGCGAGUUUGACGAGACUGGCGCCCAGGACGUCCUGAAACAGUUCGCUGAGAGCGACCUAUCACAUGUACAGAACAAGAGUGCAUUCCUGUGUGGAGUCAUGAAGACAUACCGACAACGGAACAAGAACAAACAGAACCAACAGGGAGAUGCUUCCAAGAAGGGACCUGAUGAGACAAAAAUCAAAGAAAUCCUGGACAGAACGGGAUACAAACUCGAUGUGACGACAGGGCAGCGCAAAUACGCCAUGCCGGUCACGGAGGAAGAAGAGAAGGAAAUGACAGACAAACUCACACAGCAAGGACAUACCUCCCAGAGUAGCAUGGUGUUUGUCAGUAAGAUACCGAGAGACAUGUUUGAAGAUGAGCUCAUUCCUCUGUUUGAGAAGCCCGGACCCAUCUUUAAUCUCAGGCUGAUGAUGGACCCACUCAGCGGGCAGAACAGAGGCUACGCUUUCGUCACGUAUACCACUAAGGAGUCUGCACAGGAUGCUGUCAAACAGCUCGACAACUACGAGAUCAGAAAGGGGCGCUGGCUGGGCGUGUGUAUCUCAGUGGCCAACAACCGGCUGUUCGUGGGCUCUAUCCCCAAGAACAAGAGCAAGCAGGAGAUCUUCGACGAGUUUGGCAAAGUCACAAACGGUCUGAAGGAUGUGAUCAUCUACUACAUGCCUGAGGACAAGAGAAAGAACCGAGGCUUCGCCUUCCUGGAGUACCUGUCACACAAGGAGGCGUCGCUGGCCAGGCGGAGGCUCAUGAGCGGCCGCAUCAAGGUCUGGGGCAACAUCACGGUCACCGUGGACUGGGCCGACCCCAUCGAAGAGCCCGACGACGAGGUCAUGGCGAAGGUUAAGGUGCUGUACGUGAGGAAUCUCGCAGUGGAAGCUGCGGAGGAGAUCAUCCAGGCAAAGUUCGAGCCGUACGGGACGGUCGAGAGAGUUAAAAAGAUCAAGGACUACGCCUUCGUCCACUUCGAGAACAGAGAAGAUGCCAUCAAGGCCAUGGAAGAUCUGAACGGCAAGGAGCUGGAAGGGUCAGCCAUGGAAAUCUCCCUCGCCAAGCCACCAUCGGAGAAGAAGAAGGAGAGAAAGAGGCAGAGAGAGCAGGAAAAGAUGAUGGGCGGCUACGACUACGAUGGAUACAGCGUCGGUCGUGGCGGCCUGCGUGGUCGAGGCCGUGGUGGGUUUGACCGCCGCGGCGGAGACUACAGGGGCGACUAUGGCUACGGUGGCGGCUAUGAGGAGUACGGCUAUGGGGGUUACGGUGGGGGUGGCACUAGGGGGGGCGCCAAGAGGAAGGCUGACGGGCAGGGAAAUCAGGGGCCCGACACGAAGCGCCGUGCCAACAACCAAGGAGGAGGCCAGUGGCAGUCUGCUCCCAUCGCUCAGCAGCCGCUCGCCAGUCAGGACUGGGGCGGACAGGGCUACAGUGGAGGGUCUUCCAGUGGCGGACAGGAAUGGUACCAGGACUCCUACGGACAGCAGUGGAAAUAGGAAGGAAAGGGUUCCUCUUCUUGGCUGGUACUUCCAAAUUGGAUGACACGAAAUCUGAUGACAGUCGGCCCUGAUAACUACCUCUGUUUUGGCCAUCAUGGAAGAUAAUUAUUGGAAACUGGCAUCCUGUUUCCGUACCGCCCACAUGACUUUAUCCUCUCUCCUUUGACGAAAGUCCCCUCACGAAGAUCUUUUGGAGUAUACCAAGUAUAUCUUUCCUAGGAUUACGUAGUAGUGAAAGCUUGUGCUGUGAAUUUUUUGUGAAUCAUUCCAUGUGAUUGUUCUAUUCUGUCUGGCUGCCUGGACACAAAACCACCAGAAUUGCCUAAGGAAAGACUUUAUUGGAUUUAACCUUUUCGACGAGACUUCGCAGGACUUUACCUAUUCUCUUACCAACAGCAGAUUUCAAUCCAGGCUCUUAAACCGUCAGAGGGUUUCAACUGACUAACUUUUGCUGUAAAUUUGCCAAAGUGUUUGUGUCGCCUGGUCGCACUGAAUUUCCAGAUGCCACCGCGACGUGUGUGUUGUAGACAAACUUUUUUAUUUAGGCCUAUUCCUCUUGCAACCUUUUUAUAUCUCUAGAAAGUUAAAGUAGACUUAUUCAACUGUUUGUUUUAUUUGGAAAGUAGAGCAAACUGGAAAGUCAAUUAGAAACAACUGUGUAGUGGAUUGGCGUAAUGUUUGGUAGACCGUAACCUAUAUAUGUGUAAUCAUUGUAUCAUUUAAUCCCUAUCUUGAAAUCAUUAAAUAAAGAAAGUAGCCACCCAAAACAUGGUGAAAAAAAGGACAAAAAGCAAGAAACGUCUACAAUUUCUUGACAUUCUGUCUCGCAUUUUAUUGUUGGACUGAAAUUCAGUCCAAUAUUGUCUUUUUCAUUGUAGUUUAUAGUAUUUCAGAUUGUCACCCAUUGACGCAACUAGUCCUCUACUGUGGAAAAUGUUCCUGAAAUCGUCCUGAAACCCUGCAAACUCCAGAGAAAGUAAGCACAGCAAAAUGGAGAGCUGAAAGAACAAAGCACAAAGUUCCCAAGAACACCCUCUUACCCUACACACGAAAAAUAAAGUCUCACCCAAUUAUCACACAAAAAAAAACACUCCCAGUCCCCUUGCAAAAGUCAGAAAUAUACCACACAUGCCCCGAGAACUAAAAAA